GCUUGGGCUCUGCAAGCGGCGUCGUGACUGGCGGCGCUAGGACCCUGACGGCCGCGGCGGGGGCGGAGCGGCCGGCACCAGGACCCGGGGGAACGGCGACGGGCGGGCGGCGAGCAGGCCCCGGAGCCGGGAGGCUUCGGGCGGCGGCUCUGGGCCCGGCGCGGCGACAGAGGCCCUGAUAUGCCGAGCAAGAAGAAAAAGUACAAUGCCCGGUUCCCGCCGGCACGGAUCAAGAAGAUCAUGCAGACCGACGAGGAGAUCGGGAAGGUGGCGGCGGCUGUGCCUGUCAUCAUCUCCCGGGCGCUCGAGCUCUUUCUGGAGUCGCUGUUGAAGAAGGCCUGCCAAGUGACCCAGUCCCGCAACGCCAAAACCAUGACGACGUCCCACCUGAAGCAAUGCAUUGAGCUGGAGCAGCAGUUUGACUUUUUGAAGGACUUGGUGGCAUCGGUGCCUGACAUGCAGGGGGAUGGGGAAGACAACCACAUGGACGGGGACAAGGGUCCUCGCAGAUGGACUGUACUUUCCCGAAGGGGACGGAAGCCAGGCAGCAGCAGCCGGAAGAAUGGUGGGAUGGGAAGCAAAGGCAAGGACAAGAAGCUGUCCGGGACAGACUCUGAGCAGGAGGAUGAGUCUGAAGACACAGAUACUGAUGGGGAAGAAGAGAUGCCACAGCCCCCAGCCCAGGCCAGCCACCCUCCUGCCCCCUUUCAGAGGAUCACCAGUGGCCUUCGGGGUUUAAUCACUUUGGAGGUUCCAAGUUCUCAACAGUCUCCUCUGUGUGACUUCUCAGCUCAUCCUCACCCUGGACCCUGUGCCAUCCAGUGAGAUUUAUACUGAAGUUACAAGUGUCAGGCAGAAUUGGCCUCUCUGAAAGCACUUCCACUUUUUCUGGGAUCUUACCUUUAAGGCCUACCUGCUUGGCAGCUGUCCAGUACCUUUUAAGAGAUAAGUUUUAUAUGCCACGUAGCUUCUGGAGCUUUCCUUGAUUAAAGCAUUUUUCUGUUACAAA